AUGGAUCAAUUAAACCAAAGAGAACAACAAGAUUUCCAAAGAAUCGUUGAAGGUAAACAAAUGAAAGAUUUCAUGCGUCUUUACUCAAACUUGGUUGAACGUUGUUUCAAUGAUUGUGUUAAUGAUUUCACUUCCGCUUCAUUAACUUCAAAAGAAAAUACAUGUGUUUUAAAAUGUUCUGAAAAAUUCUUGAAACACAGUGAAAGAGUCGGUCAAAGAUUCCAAGAACAAAAUGCUUUAUUAACUCAACAAAUGAGACGUUAA